AUAUGGUCGUCGGAUGGGCGAACCAAUAACAUAUAUAUUUUUUAUCUAGCUGUAUAUAAAUUUCGGCAUAUGACUUGACAGUUGAAGAAAUGGGAGGGUGGAAUCCUGUAAGAGAAAGCGAGAAAUAUGGAGUGGCCAUUCACAACUUCUUUGAGGACAAACCGUAUCGCAUUAAGCUUUCUGUUGGGGAGACCGUUAAUAUUUUGGAAGAAAAUGGGGAGUGGUAUUUUGGAUACACAACCAAGAACCGUGCACUGCGCGGAAUAUUUCCUAAAAACUAUAUCCAUAUUAAGGAUAUGGCCAGCACAAAAUUGGGGAAUACUGAUGGUGAAGUAUUUAACCAACCCCAGGUAGUCAGUGAAAUAACCUCUGUUCUUCGUGAAUGGGGGCAAAUAUGGAAGAACUUAUACAGGACGCACAGCAAAAACUUCAAAGCUGUGGAACAUCAGAUACUUGAGCUUUUGCAGUACCGCAGCAAGAUUUUGUCAGGAACUCUGCCCGUUGAUGAACUUAAAGAACUUAAACAGCAAGUUACUUCCAAAAUAGAUAUGGGGAACAAAAUGCUGGAUUUAGAUAUGGUUGUGCGGGAUAAGAAUGGUAACAUUUUGAGUCCAGACAUAACAUCUACCAUUCAGUUAUACAGGCAACAUGAGAUGGCUACAGAACGUAUUAAGAAAGCAUCUAUGGAAAGUGAAAAACCUCAAAAGGUCGUUACUCAUUAUUCACACAUUGUGUUUGUAUCAGUUCGAAAUUUUGUUUGCAAAAUGACAGAAGAUGCUGAGUUACUGAUGAAUCUGUAUGAUGCGAAUACAAACAAAGCAAUCACGGAGAACUACGUAGUGCGGUGGAGCAAAGAAGGACUUGCCAAAGAUAUAGAUCAGCUUUAUAAUCUACGUGUACUAUUUACAGAUCUGGGUAGUAGAGAUCUGACAAGAUCAAAAGUAUAUCUAGUCUGCUAUAUCAUUCGAAUUGGUGCGAUGGAAGUGAGGGAUAUCGAUCAUCGUCGAAGCUCUCAAGUACCAAAGAAACUACAUGCCGAAGGUAUGAGGAGGCCUUGGGGAGUUGCUGCAAUGGAUAUUACCCUUUUCCUUUGUGGAAAGAUGGAAAGUGAUGAAGAGAAACACCACUUCAUUCCAUUUCUGCAAUGUGCAGAACGUGAUAACUUAGAUGGAACGCUCCGUCGAAUACUUCUGCUAAAAGAAGUCCCUCAGAGAGACCAUAAAGGGCACGGACUUUGGAUUAGUCUGAAGUUACUUCAUGGAGACAUUAAGCAGGUGAGAGAAGAGAACCCUCAUCUUGUUCUUGGUAAUGUUGCAGUUGCCAGGAAAAUGGGCUUUCCUGAAGUAAUUCUUCCCGGUGAUGUUAGAAAUGAUCUGUACCUUAUGCUUGUUUCUGGUGAAUUUUCUAAAGGCAGCAAGUCUACUGACAAAAAUGUUGAAGUCACUGUAAAAGUCUGCAAUGAGAAAGGUCAGAGCAUUCCUGGUGUUAUAACAUUAGGUGGUGGUGUCGAACCAUUAAAUGAGUAUCGUUCUGUGAUCUACUAUCAUGAAGAUAGGCCAAGAUGGUGCGAGAUUUUUAAAGUAGCAAUUCCAAUAGAAGAAUUCAAAGCGAGCCAUUUGAAAUUUACUUUUAAACAUCGGUCAUCGACUGAAGCCAAAGACAAAUCUGAGAAACCAUUUGCCAUGUCAUAUGUUACAUUGAUGCAGGAAAAUGGCACAACAUUGGAAGAUUCACUCCAUGAAUUACUUGUUUACAAGAUUGAUCAUAAAAAGUAUGAAGAAAGUGAGCUGGCAUAUUUGUCACUACCCAGCAGAAGGAUACAGCUCACUGAGGGACAGAAACCUGCCGCAGGAGGUCUCUCGCUCAGUUCGAAAGACAGUUUUACAAUUGAAACAAAUGUUUGCUCAACCAAGCUUACACAGAAUGUUGACCUGUUGGGCCUGUUGAACUGGGCAAGUCAUCCGGAGGGCCUCAAGGACAGUCUGGCAGCUUUAAUGAAAGUGGAUGGAGAAGAAGUAGUCAAGUUCCUGCAGGAUGUGCUGGAUGCCCUAUUCAACAUCUUGAUGGAGAAUUUUGAUUCAGAGCUUUAUGACAAUAUGGUUUUUGAAUGUCUGCUUUUUAUUAUUGGGUUGGUGUCAGACAGGAAGUACCAACAUUUCCAGCCAGUUUUGGACUUGUACAUCCAAGAGAGUUUCAGUGCAACUCUUGCCUAUAAUAAAUUGAUUGUUGUUCUGAAGUAUCAUAUUGAUAAUGCCAGUUCAACAGAUAGUCAAGACAAAGACAUGUUGUUGAGAACAAUGAAGUCUUUACAGUACUGCAUGCGUUUUGUUGUACGAUCACGGCAGCUUUUUGCAGAGUUGAAUGAAGGAAAAGGCCAAGCAGAAUUUGAAACUUGUCUGCAACAGUUGUUGCAAAGCAUAACCAGCUUAAUGUGUUACAAUACGGACAGCACACUGCUGGUUCAAGGUGCCUGCUUAAAGUAUCUUCCGUCCACAAUACCAGAUAUUCUUGAAGUUUUCAGCGCAACACAACUCAGUGAACUUUUGAAAGAACUUAUCAACAAACUGCCACCAAACCGUCUGACAAAACAGAAAAUGAUGACAGUAAACGACAUUGUGCACAGUAAAUUAUUCUUACUGUCAGAAUGCCGUGCAAUUCUCUUGCCAGUGAUCACAGCACAGAUUAAGGAGCUGUUAGAAGCAAGAGAUGAAGGACGCAGCGGAGUUCAGUACCGCAACAAGACUAAGUCUGAUGCAAAGGUUGCCAAGGUGCUGGGAGCCAGCAAGCAGUACAUCUGCUCACAACGAGGUUCUGAAGAGGUUGAACUGUGCGUGAAAAUCCUCAGUGACAUCAUGGAUCUUCUAUUUCGACCAGACAUUGGCACCACUAUACAUGAUAUAAAAGAAAUAAUGCUGACUGUUUUACGAACUGUUAUACAAACUGUGAUAGCCAUGGACCGAGACAGCCCAUUAGUGGGCAAUUUAGUUGCUGUGAUGAUUUCUAUAUUUCGUCAGAUGAAAGCUCACCACUUCGAAGUUUACAUUUCACAUUUCCAAACCAAGACAGACCUUAUGGAUUUCUUAAUGGAAAUCUUGCUUGUGUUUAAAGAUUUAGUAUCAAGGCCUGUGUAUACAAAAGACUGGAGUGAAAUGAUAAUGUUACAAAACAGUGUUAUUCUGAAGUCUCUUCGCUUCUUCUCUCACACAAUUCGAGAUUAUUUUUCUCAACCAUUUGAACAUCAGGCUUGGAAUAACUUUUUCCAUUGUGCUAUUACUUUCUUGACCCAGCCAGCCUUGCAACUAGACAGCUUCUCGCAGAAUAAGCGAUCACGUAUUGUAGCCCGGUAUAAAGAUAUGAGGCGAGAGACAGGAUUUGAAAUACGCAGCAUGUGGUUUAAUUUAGGACAGUACAAGAGACAAUUUGUUCCUGGACUCGUUGGACCAUUUCUGGAAAUGACACUUAUUCCUGAAACAGAGCUCCGCAAAGCAACCAUUCCCAUUUUCUUUGACAUGAUGCAAUGUGAAUUCUACUCAUCUCGUCAUACUAGUGAUAGUUUUGGUGAUACUAAACGUGAUUCAAGCCACAUAAAGGCUAAUUUUUGUGAGUUCGAAGAUGAAAUGAUUGCCAAGUUGGACAUUCUUGUGGAGGGUGGCCUGGGUGAUGAGCACUACAAGGAACUGUUCUAUGAAAUUAUGAUGGAAUUAUGUAAAAAUCAUUCAACAAUGCAUGAUCAGGGUACAAAAUUUGUAGAUACUGUGGCUCGGCUGAUGGAGCGGUUGCUGGAAUACAGGUGUAUUAUAACAGAUGAAAACAAGGAAAACCGAAUGAGUUGUACUGUGAAUUUACUGGAUUUCUACAGUGAGAUUAAUAGGAAGGAAAUGUAUAUUCGUUAUGUAAAUAAAUUGUGCGAACUGCAUUUAGAAUGUGAUAACUAUACAGAGGCUGCAUUUACAUUGAAGCUUCACAGUAAGUUGUUGAAAUGGUCAGCUGAGCCACUGCCACCGUUGCUUCGCAGUCUGCGCCAUCCCACUUGUCAGACACACCGUGAACUUAAGGAAGCCCUUUACUAUGACAUCAUUCAUUAUUUUGAUAAGGGCAAGAUGUGGGAAAGUGCAUUGAGUAUAUGUAAAGAGUUGAUUAGUUUGUACGAAGAAGAGACAUACGAUUACUUACAACUAAGUUGUAUACACCAGCGUAUGUCACAGUUUUACGACAGUAUUAUGAAGCAGAUUAGACCAGAACCUGAAUAUUUUAGAGUGGCAUACUAUGGCCGGGGAUUUCCUGCCUUCUUGCAAAAUAAGGUAUUUGUAUAUAGAGGAAAGGAAUAUGAAAGGUUAAGUGAUUUUUCUAGUCGUACAAUCAAUCAGUUACCUAAUGCGGAACUCAUGAAUCGCCUUUCUGCACCAAGUGAUGAUAUCACUGAAUCUCCACAUCAAUAUAUUCAGAUAAAUAAAGUGGAACCAGUGAUGGAUGACCGUCGGAAAAGGUUUUCAGGCAAGGCAAUCAGUGAUCAAAUAAUGCGGUAUUUCAGGGUAAAUGAUGUACAGAAAUUUAGGUUCAGCAGACCUUUCUACAGACGCGAUGGAGCUAGUGGUGAUCUUGACAAUGAAUUUGCCAACUUAUGGCUUGAAAGAACAGUUCUUGUCACAUCUUAUCCAUUUCCUGGUAUUCUGCAAUGGUUUCCUGUUAUUUCUGCAGAGGUGUAUUAUGUGAGCCCAUUACAAAAUGCUAUUGAAACAAUGGAGGCCACAAACAAAUCAUUGAAAGAUCUGAUUGUUGCUCACAGAGCUGAUAGCACCUUGCAUUUAAAUCCAUUAACUAUGAAGAUUAUGGGCAUUGUAGAUGCAAAAGUAAUGGGUGGAAUCGUCAACUAUGAAAAGGCAUUUUUCACUGAUGAGUACCUCGAAAGUCAUCCAGAUGAUGGCCCGAGUGUAAAAAUGUUGAAAGAUUUGAUAGCAUAUCAGGUACCGCUUUUAGAAAUUGCUAUUGCCCUCCAUCGGCAGAGAGCUCCUCCAUCUCUAGCACCAAUUCAGCAAAGGAUGGAAGAUUGCUUUUCUGAAAUUCAAAGUCAUGUUGAAGAAAAGUAUGGAAAGAAGGUGUGUGAUAUUAAAUUUGAUACACCACUGCAAAAUCAAGCUAGAAGGCAGCUCAGUGGUACUUCUCAGACCAUUGAUCUUCAUCGUUUGUCAGGAACAAGCAUGGCGUCAUCUGAGGGCAGUAGAUCCCGUGUUUCCAGUUUAACCAGGUCACAAGUUGCCUCACUAAAAAGCUUCGCUACUUUCAACUUCUCAACUAUGAAUUCCACUAACACGUUGGGAAGAUCGACAAGCAUGCAUCAACCAGCUAGUAAGACGCCUGUAACAUCUCCCACAAUUGGUGGUCCAAUAUUUGCCAAAGCUUCAGGUGGGACUUUGAAAAGCAAAAAAGAUAAAGGGAAAGAUAAACGUCGGACUAGUAAUAAAGCAGAGAAGCGUGAAUCAGCAAGUCAAUGGUACACAUCGGAACUGGAUACUGUUAGUAACAGGACUACACCAGUUUUUGAAUUGCAUCAGGAGCUCACACCAAAACGUCCUUUACGGUCAGAGGUAGAAAGAGAAAGAAGAUUAAGCCGACCAUCUAGUGGUCAGUUUGUACCAGGAAAAUUUGGUACAAGCUACAAAUUUAAUAGCUCUGGAACUAGUAGCAAUCGUGAUUCAGUGGGUACUACAGACUCCACAGCGAGUGAGGAGGACAUGGUUCCGCCGCCUCUCCCAAUGAAAGUACGCAACGAGCCAGAUUAUUGUAAUCUCCCAGAUACAGGAGAAGUUGAGUCCGAGACAAAACAUACGUUGCCAUCUGUCCCACGUGUUGAUCCAAAGCCUCCUCGAAUUCCUGAGCCAACUGACAGGAAUACUCCACCACCAACACCACCACCAAAACGACCUCAUUUGAAAUUACCAAUUAGUUAAUUGUUAUUAUGUAGUCUGGCACUAGUCUUUACUUAUAAGAGAUUGUACUCUAAGUAGAGUAUUCAGUAUUGUUGUUAGUAAGUGCUGCCUCCAAUCAGUGUGAUCAGAAUAACAUCACCUUUUUUUAAUUAAUAGACGACUACGUAGCUCCAGUAUCACAUAUUCAUUGAUUCCACCCUUCAUUAUUACAUUUUGUAAAUAAGCGGAUGCUGAAGUUUUGUUAGUUGAACUAAUCAAAAACUUUAUGGACCUGUUAAAGAAUUAUCAAAAAGUAAUUCUCAUUUUACUGUAUUUAUGUUAUGAGUAAUGUGAAUUACUGUUGUUUUGUUAAUAGUGUUUGGUAGAUAAAUGAUUGCUGUUGAAGGAAAUUGUUGAUAUUAAACAUAUAUC